GUCAAGAUAAGCCGUUCACUCGUAUUGGUAUAGCAUUUGACCUUUAAUUGCUUGUUGCGACGGAAUACCGUGAACUUUCCUGUAGUACAAACUUUUCCCUUCUGUAGAGCAUGAUUUGGUUUAUUGCUGUCGCCGUUCCUUGUUUAUUAUUUGGCUCGUUACACGCACACGACCCAUCAUGCCGUACAGUAGAAGACUGCUACAGACUAAAUUUCCAUUGCCAUAGUGGGCAUAUUAUCGUCUGCAGCGGAGGUGGCCGCAAACGACACGAACUUAGAUGUACUUGUAAAGAUCAUCACUUGUCCUCAUCAACUAAUGAAACCGUAACAGCAACUCAGUCUGCCAUUCCAUCAACGCACGCUGUCGCCACGUCAACUCACGCUGUCGCCACGUCAACUCACGCUGCUACAGCGCUACCUCACGCUGCAAUGACGACAACUCAAGCACCAAGUGUAAAUGGUGGAUGGUCAUUCUGGACAGAAUGGUCAUCUUGCAGUGCAUCAUGUGACCAAGGAACUCAGACAAGAAAUCGCACCUGCUCAAAUCCAGCGCCCAAAAAUGGCGGAUUGUCUUGUGCUGGCGAAAAUUUUCAUAUUCAGAUUUGUUCCAUGUUUCCUUGUGCAGUCGACGGUUACAUGAGUGAGUGGGGUAGUUGGGGUGGCUGUAGCGCCACCUGUGGCGGUGGGUUCCAGAUGAGGACAAGGACUUGUCAUGACCCGAUUUAUGGCGGGAAACCGUGCCAGGGAGACACCGUGGAGGUCAAUCCUUCCUGUAACAACCAGUCAUGUCCAGAUACAAGUUCAUCCUCAACUCGGCCAACAAUGGCACCAUCAACAACAACUGCGGCUCCAGCUCAAAACAUGCCAGUGGAUGGCUACAUGGGCGAGUGGGGGAGCUGGAGUGCUUGUAGCGCCACCUGUGGGGGUGGCUACCAGAUUAGGACGAGGACCUGUCACGACCCCCUUUUUGGCGGGAAAAAUUGCACGGGAGAGGUGGUUGACCUCAAUCCAUCGUGUAAUACUCAGUCAUGUCCAAGCCAAAUUACCGGAAUGGCUUGCCCAUCUUGUGAUGACCAACUGAACUGUACUUGGAACCAGACCUGUAUUGUUGGGAGUAUAUGUAUGAUCCGCUCCUAUGAUGGUUAUCCGUUUACAACGCACUGCAUCGACGCCACAGACUGUGAGAUUAUGAAGAAUUCGCUGCCCCAUUGUGAAGUGUACUGUUGUACCGACAAGGCAUGUUUGUCAAAAUAUCUGGGGGUAUAGACACAUCAACCCCAUAUACAGCUGACCAAGUUUUGUGUUGCUUAUUUGUGAUAAAUACAAUUUGACUGGG